AUGACAAACUCACUGAUUUCUGAUAUAGACUUGAUAACGAUGCUGGCAAUUUGGUCAUCUCCCCCCGAGGAAGCACCAUUAUCAAAGAUCCACAUCUUCGAGCAUGGCGAUCUAUACAUGCUCUCCAAUCGACGCCUAUCAGUCUCUAGAGCUUUAGCCGGAGCUCUAUUCAUUCGAAGUCUUGAAUUAGAGGAGCUCGUCUGCUGCAACAUCAUAGAUGCCACACUCUUCUUCGCCGCCUGCACGAGACGAAGACGCAUACCUAUAUCGCCUCUGUCAUGGCAGCGGCUGCGGGUUCUGGCGAUGACAUCCCAGAAUGUUUCCUCCCGUGAGAAGCCCGAGCUCAUCAACGCCCUCAUUCCAAGCUGGCAGGGUCGCGAAGCAAAUGCCGGCACUCCGUGCAAUGGAACUAUACGGAGCCUGGCGAGAAUCCGCUGGAAUUUUCCGAUACCUCGCCACCGGCAGUUUUGCAGAGAUCAGUUGGGUGAGCACGUGGAAGUUCAAGCUGGGAGACGAACCCAAGCAGAUCUGGCGGGACGUCACGCAGCUCAGGGAGGAUCGGCUGGUACUCCAUUUCGCACCCGAAAGGCACCUGCGUACUUAUCGCAACCCAUCCCACUCUGUGCACCAGUGGUUGGUGACUCGGUGUCUGGCUCUUCAUUCCUCUCCAUCCGCAGCACUUGGACACCACGACCUCCCGGAUCCUCUUCGUCCUAUUCUAGGACCUCGAGGCAUCUUCUAAACUUCUAA